AUCUUCAACUUCAAUCUGCCAUCAUUAUAUAUUUCUCCAAACCCCCAAACCGGAAUUACUUCAUCUAAAUAGUAAAUAUCCCUGCUUUUCUCGUUCAAGUGGAAAGGCGGUCUCUCUCUGCGUGUGUGUAUUGCUAUUGGUCCCUCUUUCUCUCUCUACACCCCGGCUUCUCAUCCACUCAUUUCCACACAAUCCCCGUCCCGCAAAACCCCCCAAUUUUAAUCCCGAUUAAUCACCGCCCGAAUUUCUGCUGAUUCUGCUAUGGGGUGAGGAUUGGGCCUUUCUGAGGUAUGAUGGAGUGGGAUAGCAACUCGGAGUCUGAUCUAAGCGGCGGGGAAGAGGACGACAACGAAAUUGAUGGCGGAUUAGGGUUUUUACUCAGGAAGGGAGGCGGCGGCCAGCUGCCCUUCCCCGUCGAUACGCUUCUGCAACCGGCUCCCUGUGGCUUCGUUGUCACCGAUGCUUUGGAGCCCGACCAUCCCGUUAUUUACGUCAAUUCCGUCUUCGAGAUGGUUACCGGCUUUAGGGCGGAGGAAGUUCUCGGACGUAACUGCCGUUUCUUGCAAUGCAGAGGCCCGUUUGCUAAAAGAAGACAUCCCCUUGUGAGUUCCACAGUAGUUGCUGAAAUAAGAAGAUGCCUCGAGAAAGGCGUUGAGUUUCAAGGAGAACUGUUAAAUUUCCGGAAAGAUGGAUCCCCGCUGAUGAACCGGUUACGAAUGACCCCAAUUUACGGUGACGAUGAUACGAUAACACAUGUAAUUGGCAUACAAGUUUUUACAGAAGCAACUCUUGAUCUCGGUCCCCUUCCUGGAUCUUCAGCCAAGGAAUAUGCUAGAGCAUCUCAAAGGCUAAGAUUUAAUAUUUCAUCUUGUGAAGUGGUUUCAGGGGAUAUCCAGAAUGCCAGCCGUGAGUUAUGUGGUAUAUUCCAGUUGAGUGAUGAGGUAAUUGCUCUCAAGAUUCUUUCUCGACUUACUCCUAGGGAUAUUGCAUCAGUUGGCUCUGUUUGCCAACGGUUUUAUGAGCUAACAAAGAAUGAAGAUCUUUGGCGAAUGGUCUGUCAAAAUGCAUGGGGUAGCGAAACCACAAGGGUUCUUGAGAUGGUGCCUGGUGCUAAAAGAUUAGGCUGGGGUAGGUUGGCUAGGGAACUCACAACUCUCGAAGCUGCAGCAUGGAGAAAGCUAACUGUCGGAGGUGCAGUAGAACCCUCACGUUGCAACUUCAGCGCAUGUGCAGUUGGGAACCGUGUGGUGCUUUUUGGUGGCGAAGGUGUCAACAUGCAACCUAUGAACGACACCUUUGUACUGGACCUGAACUCUACUAAUCCAGAGUGGCAACAUGUGAAAGUGAGCUCUCCACCUCCUGGGCGGUGGGGUCACACACUUUCGUGUGUGAAUGGUUCCCAUCUUGUCCUGUUUGGUGGCUGUGGGAGACAAGGCCUACUCAAUGAUGUCUUCUUGUUGGACUUGGAUGCGAAAAAUCUUACGUGGCGUGAAAUCUCAAGCAUGGCACCGCCACUCCCGAGAUCAUGGCAUAGCUCUUGCACCCUCGAUGGGACCAAGUUAAUAGUGUCCGGUGGCUGUGCGGACUCUGGAGUGCUUUUGAGUGAUACCUUUCUCCUCGACCUGUCGAUAGAGAAACCAGUGUGGCGAGAGAUCCCUGUAACGUGGACUCCUCCUUCGCGUUUGGGCCACACACUAUCUGUUUAUGGUGGAAGGAAAAUCUUGAUGUUUGGAGGUCUUGCCAAGAGUGGCCCUCUCCGAUUUCGAUCUAGUGAUGUUUACACCAUGGAUUUGAGUGAGGAUGAGCCUUGUUGGAGAUUCGUGACAGGGAGUGGGAUGCCUGGUGCCGGGAAUCCAGGGGGUAUGGCGCCCCCUCCUCGACUGGAUCACGUGGCAGUGAGUCUCCCAGGUGGUCGAAUACUCGUUUUUGGUGGCUCCGUGGCCGGUCUCCACUCUGCUUCACAGCUAUACAUACUCGAUCCCACCGAAGAGAAGCCAACAUGGAGGAUCCUAAACGUCCCCGGACGACCUCCUAGAUUUGCAUGGGGACACAGCACGUGCAUCGUUGGAGGAACGAGAGCUAUAGUUCUCGGAGGGCAGACCGGGGAAGAGUGGAUGCUGAGUGACAUUCACGAGCUCUCGCUAGCAAGCGCUGUCGUCUAAUCCUCCAAAACUCAGAUCAUGAUGAAUUCUUUCGUGGCUUUCGCGAACUCAACAACCGUUUCAGGGAGGCCAUUCCUUCAUUGUGGAACUGCUGUAUCUUGAAUUUCUGUAUUGCGCUCUCUGUCUUUGUUUCUAGGCUGCUAGUCUUGGUAGAAAUUUGUAGGGGGUUUCCACUUAUAUAUAUAUAUAUAGUUUUGUGGUGUUUGUACGUUUAAGUUGGAGAGACAACCAAACAUAGAGAGGAAAAAAAUCAAAACAGUACAAAAAAAAAGGUUAGUGUUGGCUUGUGUUUGUGAUUUUUUCCCUUGUAAUGCUUAAUAAUUUUACGUUUAGAUUAUUUUACUUGCGCCUUUACCGGCGGUGUUAUGGAUC